AUUGACUGGGUUUACACAGUGCAGAGAUCGGUGGACUGGAAAACUGACUCCCCCUGAUUAUGUGAGCCAUUGAGGUUCUUGCCUUCCUGUGCUGUGGUGUGAUUUUUGACAAACUGGAGCCGAAUUGAGCAGGAGAAUAUUUCUUUUGUAAUCUAGGAUGACAUCGGAUGUCUUUGUGGAUUCUCACACCUCGUUCUUGGGACGGGAGGAUCCAAGUGUGCAUGCCUCUCCAUUGUAGCAUUUGUACACGUACACACUUGUACAUGUAGUGUUUUCGGCGUCAGCUCGGUCGGUGUCAUUAUUCUUGUCGGAUACUGCUUCAUUGUGGAUGAUGUGAUUGUGAGGAACCUGGCCAGUUUGUUGAUACUGUCCAAUGGAUACACCUGUGCUUGACUUUUCUGUGGACUGGUGGAUGUAGAUCUCAACUUAUUAGUUGAAUUGUGGAGGUACACGUACCGGGUAGGGAAAGAAAAGAUUGCCAGCAAGUGUUGACCGAGUAUUGCACAUCACGCAUUUUGUGUCUGCAGAUGGUUACACGAGCAAUAAUUGGAUACCCUCACUGGCAAUUACCCCACAAGGAGAUAAAUGUGUUCAGUGACAGCCUGACAGAUUUGCCAACUGACUGAUGCCACUGGAUACACUGUAUGUGUCUUUCAUUUUGGUGAUAAUUGCAUUCAGAUUGCGUAGACCUACAUCAUUGCUCUUAUGCAGAGUUAGGGAUGAACCUUUUCGUUUCUGCUUGCAUUGAGAAUUGUUUCACUUGUUGGAAUACCAGCGGAGUCACAGAUAUCACCUACUUAUUUCCCAGCAUUCCCUCUGAUUGAACCAACGCAUCUUUAUCUUGGUCACAUGUACCGGUACAGUACAUGCUCAUGUACUUGUUUGGACAGAUAUUGAGUAUAUUGCCACCACAGGCAGUGUUUCAGACACACCAAUAUCUCAGUGUGAUCAUUAACUAUGCCCACUCAACCAGCCACUGAGUAAAUGUGUACACAGUACGGUCAGCUGGGAUGAUUCACAUCUGCAAUUUGGAACAAUAGGCUACCUGGAAUCCCAUCCCCUUUAACAGUUCCAGUAAGGGGCUGAACGUAUGUGAGUUGGAGCAUCAGCUGCUGUGGUGCCCACCAAAGUGGAACGUACGUUGUACGGCGAGACGGCUCUGACACGGUGGUACGAUCGCCUCAAAUUUUAAAUGACUCCCUCACUGUCUGCUGUGCAAUCCACGCAGAUUAAGGACCAGAAUCUGCCAAUCCACACAUGCAGGCAGGAAGGAGUUUUGGUUUGGACCUACAUGUAUGUAAAGCCUUUAAGCUGCUGAUUGAUUGCUAACUACGUCAUAGCUGACCAGUACGCACUGGAUAACCUGCACACAUCCUCAGGAUUGUGAAAUUGUGCCAAAUCUCUGCAUGCAGUAAUGGCUCAGUCUUACGGAACAGAUGAACAAGGAGGAGGUCUCCGGGUGAACCCAGCGUACCUUGAACAGGGCCAAGUCGCCACUUCGAGUACGACAAGCGGACAGCGGCGGGCCACGCACAGCAUCAGCAACAACUCGGCGCAGCGACCACACCACUACUACAGGGAGAGAGACAGGAGGCACACGCUCGCAUCGCACACGCCGGCGACAGCAGCGGCCCCCUACAGUCAGAGACCCACCACUAACGAGCAGAAACGGGAGUUGUUUUUGGAAUACCUCAAGCAGAAGUACCCAGAGCACUCAGGCACAAUCGAAAUGGCCAAAAAACCUGAUCAGGAGUCGCUGACUUUUUCCAACGGCUUCUAUGACGACGAUGGCACCAUGUCCGAGAUGGACACCCAGGCUACAGGUUUCCAGCGAGGGGUGCGAGUCCGAACCAGUCUGCCAGGCUCUCGGCCGUUGGUGAACAAAUCCAAAGAAAAACCACUGGGCCUUGUGUACCUCAUCUACAUGAGUGAGACCAAGCGGGCCCUGAUGCCUAACGAGGUGACCGGCAUGGACACGGUCAAGGCCCUCUUCGUCCGGGCUUUCCCCCGUAAGCUCACCAUGGAGAUGCUGGACAACCCUCAGAGGAAAAUCUACAUCCGGGACAACUCCAGCGAGAUCUUCUACGAGCUGGAGAAGUUAGAUGAGGUCAAAGACCGAGUGGUCUUAAAGAUUUACGAGCCCGGCUUUGUCGAGGAAACCCCUGUUAACAUCCGGAACUCCACCUCUACUCCCUUGGACCUCAACAUCUGCUCAGAUUCAGAGCUCGCCGACAUUGAGCUCCCAGAUUUCCGAGAGAGGAGCUACAAGACGAUGGGGUCCAGGCCCACUGGAACUGGCCAGGACCGGUUUGAUCCGCUCAUGAAGCGGCCAAACAGCACGACCCCCAUGGAGAUGGGCAGUAGGAGAAUGCAUCCCCAACAGGGAAGACCCAAUACCAGUACACCCCUCCGUUCCCCACCCAACAACGAGCCUUUCCAGCGAGGUGCCCCAGAGCGUUCCACAGCCCCCGUCCGUCCCUCUUCCCAGGCCCCCUUCCCCAGGGGCAGCCCCCAGCGCCUGAGCAGCAGCACCACCCUCCCUCGCCAGCAGCAUCACCAGCAGGAUGGGCGGAGGACGCCCACCAACGGGCGGAGCCUGACCAUGCCCAGGCCCGGGGAGAGGGGACCUGUGCACCGGCCCCACCCUGAGCACGGCAGACAGACAACAGCCAUGAUGCCUGGGCCGGGGCCAGACCCAUCUAGGCAUCCACCAGUAGAUCGACAUAGGGACCCCCACCACCCUCAACAGGGUGGGGGUGCUCGCACCCUGGAGCGAGGCAUGGGCCCACCCAGGGGAACCCCACAGCGGACGCCCGACCCCCGGGAUGGGCCCAGGGGUGGAGUCCCACCUCCCCAGCAUGCCAGGGACCCACCAUACAGGGACAGCCCAAGAGGCCACCCCCCACCGUCACAGCAGCAGGGAGGUGGGGGGAGUCCUGUUAAGGCCCCACGGGGUGAGAUGCGGACGGACGGUCCACCAUAUCCGCGGCAACCACUGCCUCAUGAGAUGCAAGGACGACCCCCGAGCCGGAACUCAAAUCAAGGAAUGAGGCAACCACCUCCGAAUCACAUGCAUCCUGGCCCCAACAGACCCCACGACAGAACCAUGGACAGAGCUCAUGACAGAACCAUGGACAGACCCCGCGACAGAAGCAUGGAAAGACCUCGUAGCACACCUCCACACCGCGUUGAGCAUAGAGGGCUAGGACCCCCACCCAUGAAGCAUCCUCACCCUCCUCAGGCCAACAUCAGAGAGGUUGAAGCAAGGAUGGUCAGACAGGGUCAGAUCUCAUCCACGUCACCACCUGGAGCAGAAACCUCGGAGAGGAUAACUGCCAUGGAGCAGCAGAUUGCCAGCCUGGCCGGUAUGGUACGCUCGGUCCUCAAACCAGGCGAGCAGCCUCCACCAGGCCAGCAAACACCACCACCACCUUCACAGCAGCAGCAGCUGGCCCAACAACAACAGCAGCAGGUCAGCUCUCCGCAGAGACAAGUGCAGCAGAGGGCCAUCACAGAUCGAUUAGUCAGCCCUGUGCAGACCCCAAACCGUAGUGGGAGUGAGCUGACUGGCCUGAAUGAGGAGGUUAUCCGAGCCACGCAGAACCAGAAAACAUUCACAGCUGUGGAUAGUUACCGGGACGGAACUGACAGUCAGUCAGUGACCCCCCAGCCAAUGUCAGCUGUCAACACCAGCGAGCUACGGGAGACCACGCUGAACCUCAAGCAUACCGUCCGUGACCUGAGGGAUCAGCUCAAGCAGAUACGCAAGCUUCAGCUCAACAUGGUCCAGGACAUGAAUGUGGCCUUCAGGGCCACCAACCGGAAGGUGCAACUGGCCUUAGAGGCCACGCCGGCCGGCAACGAGCACCCCAUCAGGGCACUGCGGACCAGAACCCACCAAGACUAUUUGAAGUACCAGAUAAGCAGAGACAGGCUGGAUAAACAAAUCAGGGACUUGGAAUCGGCUGUGGAGGAGAUGCGCGAUGACGUCGUCAACCGCCACUGUCAUGUCAACUUGGCCGAGGUGGAUGCUCUGGCCCAGGCCAUCGGUAACAGCAGCAAGCACAUUGCUGAACAGAAAGUUGCGUUCCCAGUCCUGGCCGACAAAAUGAAAGCUGUCAUGCAGGGAGAGAUGGAAAUCGUCGUCAGCGAAGAAAAUUUCAUCAAAGACGAGCCGGGCAAACUGGACGACUACAUGAAACGCUGCAAGAAGGUCACUAAUACGCUGUGCACACUGAAGAGGCUUGCCUCAGUCCAGGAGCACCGCACUCCUGUGGUGCCGGUCUUUGAGCAGACCUCGCAGCCAGUUAACCGGGAGGCCUUGAUGGAGACCAUCCAGAGCAUCUCUCCUAACCAUGAACAGAGGGUCAAGAACCUACAGGUAGCGGCCAACGAGUCCCGCGAGCGCAAGCGGCGCUUCCACACCGCCCAGGAGCUGCACCGCUUCCAGAUGGACAUUGGCCGAGGGCGGCAGACACUGCGGAAGACGCCGAACCUGGAGCGGGUUGACCAGCAGCGCCGGGCGGCUCUGCGGAAGCUGUACCAGAGCGAGGAACAUGACAGCUUGACCCCGAUCCUGACCCCGGAGAAGAUGGCCAAGCAGGAAGGGAGCAAGGGGGGAAAGAAGAAGCAGCCCCCACCCCCUCCUCCCAAGAGGACCUACCUGUCCCAGCAGGCAGUGGCCUCACGCUCGCCCGCGACAUCCCCCAGCUCUCCUGGAGUUCCAGAGCCUGGACCCAACCCGACACCCAAGCCCAAGUUGGUGGUGACUAGUUCGGAAGACAGCGAGGCCGUGCCAGUCGUCCCGCCUAAGCCCGCCAUGAUGAUGCCCAAGUCCAAGCUCCCGCAACAGGUGGAUGAUCCUAGUUCUGCACGUUCUGCCCCAGACCUUAGUUGCAUGAAUAGCACGAGUAGUGUGAAUUCCGAGUGCCUGUCCAGUCCUGUUAGGGACCUGCAGCCAACGUGUGCCCUGUCCCCCUCAGGUUGUAAGAGUGAGCCCUUCCUUGCCACCUCAGAGAAUGCCCAAAGUAGCAUGACUAAUCCUAGAAAGGUGGUCCUGGCCGCUCAGCGAGUCGGCAAGCCUGCAGCAGACAAAUCUCACCAGUGUGUCUCUGGUCCCGUUCCCGGUACUGUCAUGACAACCCAGAGUGCACCAAUGAGGUCUCCAAGGGGUCAAGCCACUCCCCGGUCAGGACAGACCUCCCCUAGGGGCGCGACCUCCCCACGUGGGGUAGUCACCCCCGAGGGGGGCAUCAUGCUGUCUCAGGGGGCAGUGAUGAUAGCUAAAAGUGGGUCUGCCACUUCCCCUGGCUUGGCCACAACCCCGCAGCGCCAAGCACCUGUCCGUCUCCUGAGUUCCAGCUCUCAAGCGAGCCCAACCAAGACCAACUCUCCAACAUCUCCACAAUACAAACAGUCUUGCAUCCCCGUUCUCAAACACUCUCAGCAUUCCAGGGUCCAACCACCUACCACAAAGGUCAGUGAAACAGCAGUUUCAAACACACACACUCAGCAAACUAGUCCCCCAAGCAAUCCAUUGCCCCAGAGGCGGUCCAGCGUCCCUUCAGCAAUGGAUGUUGCACCCCCUCCCAAGCCCCCAAGAGGUUGCAUAGAUGACCCCAAAGAGCCAACGGAUGCACCACCCCAAUCUGCUUUCCGUCCCCUUGCCAUUCCGGGCUGGCGGGAAACCAGCUUAGACGAAGUCCCACUGAAAAAGAGCAAAGUGCGGCGACACACUGUGACUCUACCUCAACACCAGAAACGGAAUGGGUGGGUAGCACCUGUUACGGAUCCUCCCCUGAAUAGCUCCCCACAAAAACCACAGCCCUCACAACAGACCUUGCUUCCAGUCCAACAGAAAAGCCCAGUUGGCAGAUCUGUCAUAACAAAUGAACCAAAAGCUGCACCCGUCAAACAGGGUGUCUUGAGUAAAUCCCAGUCAGGCACGGAUGCCGAGCUCAAUCCAGACAGGAAGCCCUCUUUGCAGAGACAGAACUCCGAUCCUGGGGCCCGGCCACAAGUGACCAUUGUGGACAAGAAGGGAGCCCUGAAAAUCCAGCAGUUGAAGGAGCAGUAUGCCAAGCUGCGGAAGCUCCAAGAGGAGCAGAAGUUGCUGGAGCAGCAAAGCACCAGGAGCAGCCCAUCUCAACCAGAAGCCACUCAACAGGAGCAGCCUCCUAGAGAAGCCACUUCAACCGACUUGCUAGACAAGAUCCCACCUUCAACAACUUUACAAGUCGACGUCUCAUACAGUCAAGGGGAGUCCUCCAAGACGGAGGACCAAGAUGAGGGCUCAAGCUACACCAAACAGACAGUAGUCUACAGGGUUGGCCCCAAACCCUUUAAAUCUGAUGAGGGAAAACAGAGCAGUGUCCCCUUGGAAGAGCUGGAGAAGACCACCACUGUGGUCUCCACCAAAAGAGAGGUCAUAGCCGAUAGCAUCCCCGUCACCAAUGGAAUGGUCCACCAGCCAGUCUUCUCUCAGUUCAAAGUGCACGAGAUGGCGCCGCGGAACUUUGCCACCAAGGCCAAACCGGGGGUGGCCCAAAGUCCGGCGGCGAUGGUGAACGGCAACGGCAUGGAGGAGAAGCCCUCGCCGAAACCCAAUGGCGGCCACGCCCCCACUGAUACCAUAAAGUCCAGCCCAGUUAAGGGCGAUGUCGUCACAAACGGGGGUGGGAAGUUGCCACUGACAAACGGGGGGAGUGAGGUUGCGGAGGGACAAGGAGAACGGGUCAUUGAAAGGACAGAAAAGGAAAUCAAGAAGUUUAACGCUGCCAACGUCAACCAAAAUGGGAAACCAGAACUGAAGACAGUCUACACCAAGAGACUGGAGGAAACCUUCAUUUUCUAGACACCAUUAGCCUUUUUGAAGCAUGGUGGACAUGUAGAAGGGUACUGUUUGUAGUGGAUGAAUUUUAAGUCAACAAAAGAUUUUACCCCAACCAAAUUGCGCCCUCCUAUUGUAUCCGCCAUACCUCAGUAAGUUAAUAGCAGACUUGUAAAUUAUUAUGUAAAAAAUGGCCAAUAAAAAUACAAAAAGAUAAUUGCAUUUUUGCACAGGUACAACAAAAUAUUUUUCUUCAAAAAACACCUGCAAAGAUUUGGCAACAUCCAUAAUUCUGAUUUUCCUGACGUUAAACAUAAUGUUAUCACCUAAGUUAAAGACCUCAAAAUAUUUGUCAUAAUGAAAUUCUCAAUACUAUUUAUGCAGAAUUGAACUGAGAUAUUUAUUCACAAAAGAAAAUACGAUUUAUUCAUUCAGCAUAUAGUGACAUGUAUUCAAAAAACAACGUCGUGUCAGAACAAACUAAUCAAUGCAUAGUCUUGUAGUAUACAGAAAUGUUUGACUUGAUUAUAAUAAUUCAUGUAAAUUUGUACAGAGCAGCAUGAAUAUUCAAUAGAUGUGGUAUAAUAACUUAUGACGGUCAUUCUUUAAUUUUGGGGUCCAAAAGUGUGACAUUUGUGUGUCCCUGCUUCACCUAACCUGUUUAAUUUGACAAUAUAUUCAUACAAAGAAAUCAAUGAGAUUGAUUUCAAACUAUUUCUAUUUGAUUGGCAGGUAAUUUGCAUUUAUAAUUCAUUCCUCUCAGAAAUUAGAAAAU